UGACUGUUCGCACCGGAAUCCGCGGUCAAGUCUAGCGUCCGCGCAUGAAGAGCCUGGAUUAACACACAGCUAUAGGCCAGUUGCAGAUGUCCGUAUCGGAAGUGGUUGGGCUCUCACGGCACGUCAAAUCUCCUGUGUCCCUGCUUGGAAGUACGAUGCACGGCCUCAACGCAUAGUGGACAAUUUUUGUGGGGUCGGUCCUGGUUAAAGGCUCUUCCACUCCCGUGUCUACACAUCUCCAACACUGUCCUUUGGGUCCGGUUGCUCAGUCGUUUCGAAACGACUACUGCCUCUUGCCAGCAGGACAAGAUGCGCCUCCUAGACACUGUUACGGGACUGUUUGUCGACUCCGACUCCCCCGAGUACAAGGAGCACGCCAGAUACGCCAUCUUCUCGCAUCGGUGGUCGUCCGAGGGCGAACAGACCUACCGGGAGCUGAGGGAGAUCCAAGAUCGGUACUAUGGUCGCGAUGGCCGUGCAAAAAUGUCACUGUCAAGCUGUGGACGCGUCCCCCGAAGACCCUUCACAAAGCGUCAAAAGCGAAGUCCACCCUCCCUCAGCCUACCAUCGAGUACCCAGAGCUGAGCCCCAUCUGGCGCGAUAAACAGCUCAGCGACAAGAUUCGCAAAGCUUGCGAAAUGGCGCGGGAAUAUGGCUAUCGCUACAUCUGGAUCGACUCGGGCUGCAUCGACCAGUCCAGCAGCUCGGAACAAUCCGAGUCCAUCAACUCGAUGUACAAGUGGUACGGUGGUGCGUCGCUGUGCCUUGUCUACCUUGUGGACGUCGAGGAUCUCGCCGGACGGGAGGAUUCGUUCCGAUGGCAGCUGGGAUUCAACGGAUCCCAGUUCCGGGGGAGCGAGUGGUUCAAGCGUGGCUGGACUCUGCAGGAGCUCAUCGCGCCGAAGCGCGUCGUGUUCCUGUCGAAGGGCUGGCGUUUUCUUGGGACGAAGACUCAGCUAGCUGGACUCCUGGAGGAGAUCACGUCCAUCGAUCAAGCCAUCUUGCUACACCAGAUCCCGCUCACGAAGAUCAGCGUCGCUAACCGCAUGUCUUGGGCAGCGGAACGGAAGACGGCGAAGCCGGAGGACAUAGCCUACUCGCUCCUCGGUAUCUUCGAUAUCAACAUGCCUACGCUCUAUGGCGAGGACGAUCGCGCAUUCUAUCGCCUGCAGGAGGAGAUCCUUAGGCGCAUCCCAGACCAAAGCAUCUUCGCGUGGACCGCGUGGGGCCUUCACCCUAUUGCAGGGUUGGCUGCACUCUCUACUUCAGCUCCCUGGCAUUCUGUUCCAAUCAAUCUACUCGCUCCUUCCCCUGCCGUCUUUGCCAAAUCCGCGGUUGACGCAAUUCCUCACGAAGACUUCCUAUCCGAGUCCUUUCCCGACCUAUCGGACGAUGACCGACAACGACUUCUCCAAGGGGCCACCCAGUCACCGUACGGAAUGCGCAUUGCAUUCCC